AUGGAUCACGACCGAAAACACUUCAUCAAAGCAAUUAUUUUAGGCGACUCAGCGUAACUUUUACAUAGAGUUGGCAAGACUUCUUUAAUGAACCAAUAUGUGACCAAACGUUUCACCCAGCAAUAUAAGGCUACUAUUGGUGCCGAUUUCCUUACGAAAGAUUUAGUCGUAGAUGGAAAACCAAUUACACUCCAGAUCUGGGAUACUGCAGGGCAAGAACGCUUCCAAAGUUUAGGAGUUGCUUUCUAUAGAGGUGCUGAUUGCUGCAUUCUUGUAUAUGAUAUCACCUCAACAAAGAGCUUUGAAAGCCUUUCCUCCUGGAAAGACGAAUUUAUAUCGCAAUCCAAUUGUAGAGAUCCAGAUAAUUUUCCUUUUGUUAUAUUGGGAAAUAAGCUUGAUAAGGAGCCAGAAAGAAAGGUAUCAAACACCAAGGCUUCUCAAUGAUGUUUAGCUAAUGGUAAUAUUCCACUUUACGAAACUUCUGCAAAAGACGCAAUCAAUGUCGAGGAAGCUUUUCAGUUCAUCGCCAAAAAAGCACUGGCUAAUAUAAAGGAAGAUGUUUACCAGCCAAGCAUUGAAGUGAAAAAGCAGCAGAAGAAAAAGAAAGAAGGAUGCUGUUAA